AUGAAGACCGACGGCGUGAAGCCCAGCGCCAUUACCUACAACGCCCUCAUUUCGGCGCUCGCCUCCAAAGAGAACCGGGACGUGGAGGCCCUCGUACGGCUGGUCGACGAGAUGAAGUCCCAGGGACUGACGCCCAGCGUGGUGACCUACAACACCCUCAUUCUCGCCUGUCGCGGGCCUUCGGCCCACCGCGGCGGCGGCCACGACGACGGCGACGACCGAGAGGAAGACGAAGCGGAGGAGGAGCGACGAUUGGAGCGCGCGCUCGGCCUGCUGCACGAUAUGAAGCGCGAGGGCCUCACGCCCGACGUUAUCACCCUCCACAGCCUCGUGCGCGUCGCCAUCCACGACGACGAAGGCGACGCCGGCAACCGAACGCGACGACGACGACAGAAGAACGCCGAAGACGAGGACGCAGGCGCUGGUGGAGGAGGCGAUGCGCGACGGCAGCGGGGCGAGGCGGCCGCGAGGCAGGUCGACCGGGCGCUGGCGCUGAUCGACCGGCUGACCGCCGACUUUCCGGGCCUGACGCCCAACGCCCACCUCUACAAUGGGCUCAUCGCCCUCUGCCAGCUGGGCGGCCGAGCCGACAAGGCCACCGCCCUCUACCGCCGUAUGCGCGAGGCCGGCCUCCAGCCCACCAUCGACACCUUCCGCUCCCUCCUCUCCAGCCUCGACCACCACAACGACGACCAGGCUGAGGCCCAGACGGCGGCGGCAAAGCAGGCGAUGGAGCUGCUGGAGGAGAUGAAGCGUGACGGGCCGGCGCCGACGCCGGCGAUCUACGGAAAGGUGAUCGAGGUGGUGGUGCGCGGGCGGGGCCGUGGUGGGUGGGACGAGGCGUGCGGGCUGGUGCGGGAGAUGGAGGCGCGCGGGCUGCUGGUGAGCGCCAAGGUCUACAACGUGCUCCUCGGGGAGAGCGUGCGGGCGGGCGACGCCCAGCGCGCGCAGGAGGUGCUGCGCGAGAUGCGGCGCAAGGACGUGCCGGGCGACUACAAGACCUCCCUCCUUCGCAAGGAGGCCGAGCGGCUGCACUGA